UCAGUUGCUGUCACUUGACGAAAUGAGCGGAAGUGAGAAUAAGACGAAGAACCCUACGGAGAAAGUGAAAUCCCUAUUAUACCCCGGGUUCCUCUGCGCCUUCUUCAUCGUUUGUAUCAGUAUCGCUUAUCAGACCCUCAGGUCGAGCGGUGGUGUGCGAACCAGAGCAUCCUUCGAGAAGGCAACCAUGGCGGAUAACAAGCAUUCGCAUGAUCAGUUCCAAGGGCAGCCGCGUCUCCCCAAGUUCGCAGUCCCUAAGCGCUACGAUCUCAGACUGAAGCCCGAUCUCGUCGCUUGUAAGUUCGCCGGCGUCGUCGGAAUCUCCGUCGACGUCGUUGCGGACACAAGGUUCCUUGUCUUCAACGCCGCGGAACUCUCUUUAAAUAAUAAAUCCGUCACCUUCGCGUCUGGGAGUAAGGUGGUGGAACCUGUGACAGUAGAGUUAUAUGAGGCUGAUGAGAUAGCAGUUGUGGAGUUCAAAGAUAGUUUGCCGAUGGGAGUUGGGAUUUUGAACAUUGAAUUUGAUGGGGUUUUGAAUGACCGAAUGAAAGGGUUCUAUCGAAGCACAUAUGAAUACAAUGGCCAGAAGAAAAACAUGGCUGUGACGCAGUUUGAGCCAGCUGAUGCAAGGCGGUGCUUUCCCUGCUGGGAUGAACCUGCCUUCAAGGCUACUUUCAAGAUUACCUUAGAAGUACCUACAGAACUGGUAGCACUUUCCAACAUGCCAGUCAUUGAAGAAAAAAUAAAUGGUGAUCUGAAGACUGUGAGCUAUCAAGAAUCACCUGUUAUGUCUUCUUACUUGGUGGCAAUUGUUGUUGGUCUGUUUGACUAUGUUGAAGACCAUACACCUGAUGGAAUCAAGGUGAGAGUAUAUUGUCAGGUUGGCAAGACUAGUCAAGGAAAGUUUUCACUGGAUGUUGCUGUGAAAACACUCGGCCUUUACAAAAAGUACUUUGAGGUGCCAUAUCCUCUUCCUAAAUUGGACAUGAUUGCAAUUCCCGAUUUUGCUGCUGGGGCUAUGGAAAAUUAUGGUCUUGUUACAUACCGAGAAACAGCAUUACUUUAUGAUGAUAAGUACUCAGCAGCUGCAAACAAGCAGAGGGUUGCUGUUGUUGUAGCUCAUGAACUAGCACAUCAGUGGUUUGGUAAUCUUGUUACCAUGGAAUGGUGGACUCAUUUGUGGCUUAAUGAGGGAUUUGCUACAUGGGUAAGCUAUUUAGCUGUUGAUAGCUUGUUCCCAGAUUGGCAAGUUUGGACCCAAUUUCUUGAUGAAAGUACUGAGGGACUCAGACUCGAUGGGCUUGCAGAAUCUCAUCCCAUUGAGGUGGACAUCAAUCAUGCUGGUGAAAUAGAUGAAAUUUUUGAUGCAAUCAGUUACAGAAAGGGUGCAUCUGUUAUUCGAAUGCUACAAAGCUAUCUUGGUGCUGAAUGCUUUCAGAGGGCUCUUGCUACCUACAUCAAACGAUAUGCUUGGUCAAAUGCAAAGACACAAGAUUUGUGGUCAGUUCUUGAAGAAGAAUCUGGUGAACCUGUGAAUGAGCUAAUGAAAUCUUGGACAAAACAGAAAGGUUAUCCCGUUGUCACUGUGAAAGCCAAAGACCAAACGUUGGAGUUUGAGCAGGCGCAAUUUUUGUUGAGUGGUUCAAGUGGUGAUGGGCAGUGGGUUGUUCCUGUCACUCUAUGUUGUGGCUCUUAUGAUACUCGUAAAAGUUUCUUGCUGCAAUCAAAAAGUGAGGCACAUGAUGUUAAGGAGGUAUUAGGUUCUGUGACAUCAUCUGGCCGCCCUUGGAUCAAAGUUAAUGUGGACCAGACAGGUUUUUUCCGAGUUAAGUAUGAUGAGGACUUAUCAGCUAGACUUCGGGAUGCAAUAGAGAGCAAAAGCAUGUCAACCAAUGACAAAUAUGGAAUAUUGGAUGACUACUAUUCAUUGUCCAUGGCAUGCCAGCAACCCUUGAGCACUUUGCUUGCUUUGAUGGGUUCUUUUAGAGAGGAGAUCGACUAUACAGUCUUAUCUAAUUUGAUAGGCAUAGCUUCUAAAGUGGCUAGAAUUGUGGCUGAUGCUGCACCUGAAUUGCUUGGUGACCUCAAACUGUUCUUCAUUAACCUUUUCCAGAAUUCUGCUGGGAGACUUGGGUGGGACCCGAAACAAGGGGAGAGCCAUCUUGAUGCCAUGUUAAGAGGGGAGCUCUUGACAGCAUUGGCUUCUUUCGGAGAUGAAGAAACACUAAAUGAAGCGGACAGGCGAUUCCGCAUAUUUUUGGAUGAUAAGAACACAUCUGUUCUCCCUCCUGAUUUGCGAAGGGCAGUUUAUGUUGCUGUUGUUCUGAAUGCAAAUAAAUCAAAUAGAUUUGGGUAUGAUUCACUUCUGAAACUAUACAGAGAAACUGAUCUCAGCCAGGAGAAAACACGAAUUUUAGCUUCUCUGCCUUCUUGUCGGGAUCCUGAAAUCAUUGACGAGUUUUUGAAUUUCCUGUUAUCUUCUGAGGUUAGAAGCCAGGAUGCUGUCUAUGGACUCUCUGUUAGUCGUGAAGCUCGGGAGACGGCAUGGAAUUGGCUGAAACACAAUUGGGAUGUGAUCUGUAAAACUUACGGAGCUGGAUUCCUAAUCACCCGCUAUGUCAGUGCUGUCGUGUCCCCGUUCACCUCAUACGAAAAGGCAGCAGAAAUAGAACAAUUCUUUGAGAGCCGAAAGAAGCCUUAUAUGGCAAGGACCUUAAGGCAAAGCAUCGAAAGGGUUCACAUCAAUGCCGCAUGGGUGAAAAGUAUUCAGAACGAGAAGAAUCUUCCGGACGCUGUCAAGGAGCUCGCGCACAGGAAGUAUUAGACGAUAUCCAUUCAAUGAUUCGCUCGCUAACAGCACAGGUUUGCGGCUCUUGAAGACAAUUUGUUUCGGGUUUUUUAUAGAGAGCGUGAAUUAUGAUUGGGGACUUGGUUCUUACUUUCUCGUGGUACUUUCUUUUUGUUAUUUAUAAUUUUUUAUGUUGGAUUUUUGUCUUUAUAUGUUAUUUAUGUAAUAAGGCCCCAUCCAUACUUUUGUUCUUACCUUAAUUUGUUCAUGUUCAUGGCCA